CUUUUUCAAAAAAAACUUUUUUUCUAAUGAAAAGCUAAGCUAAGCCAAACAACCCAAAACCAUCUAACAAUUUUGUAGUUUAUAGACCAUGAAAUCUGACGAAGAGGAGUGACAUUCAUGAAGAGAAGGAUGGGGGAUCGAAAGAAAGACGGAGGAAAUGCGAAGAAAUCGAAGAAGACGGAGUCGAAUUGGCCACUCAUCAAGCCUAAAUCCAAUCUCCGUGUUUCUCGCCUAAAGGAUUACGAUCUAUUUACUGUGCAGAAUUUCCUAACAGCUGCUGAAUCAAAAGCAUUUGUAAAAACAGCAGAAGCAAUUGGGUUCGUCCACCAAGGAAGUCUUGGACCCACAAAAGGUGAAGCUUACAGAGACAAUGAUCGCAUUGCUGUAAAUGAUCCUGUUCUUGCUGCUACACUAUGGGAAUCUGGUCUUAGCAAACACUUUUCUGAUAUCACUAUUCGAGGCAAAGUUGCUGUUGGGCUAAACCCAAAUAUUAGACUUUACAGGUACAAGACUGGUCAACGUUUUGGUCGACAUAUUGAUGAAAGUGUUGACCUUGGAGAGGGAAAACGCACUCAUUACACUUUGCUGAUAUAUCUGAGUGGUGAUGUUGAGUCCAAACUUAAAUCUGAUGUGAACAAUUCACAAUCACAUGAAUUCUUUGAACCUCUAGUUGGUGGUGAAACUGUGUUUUAUGGUCCACGAAAUAGCCUUGUAGCAGAGGUAAGUCCCAGUGAAGGAAUGGCACUGUUUCAUAUCCAUGGAGCCAAGUGUAUGUUGCAUGAAGCAAGAAAUGUUACAAAAGGAGUGAAGUAUGUUUUGAGAUCAGAUGUUGUUUUUGCAUGAUGACUUAUUGCUUAAAACACUUUGGAGAAAUAUGUGUGUAAAGGUUGGUUAUUUAUCAUGGUAUAACUGUGGUUUGGAAUACAAUUGAGGUGAGGUGAUUAACAUUGAUGGUUUGUACAACAUGAUCUUUGAUAAUUGAUAUGAAUAUUGUCAUUUUCUGCACCAUUCUCUUGUUUGAAGUAUCUGUUCCAAAACAUAACAAACCC